AUGGAUCAUAUUUCGACUGGGCCAACUGAUUUGUUCAAGACGAAUCAGCUUCGUAGUGUACAAGCGGGCCAGGCUUCCACUACAGUGCCAGAAGAGGGGUCAGAAUAUGUGCUAUCUAGCAUUGAAUCUGAUACCGAUAUGUCUGACAGCUACCAUCCCCAAGGUUUUAUCACUGGCGGAUCUGCUGCUGGUGCCAAGAUGGCGGUUGAAGUCAAGUCCACAACUUCGCGUGUUCUUUCACAACAAGCCAGUGUUGAAGAGGCAAAGGCUGGUCGACCUCGCGCAAUAAAGAAGAAAAAGAUUGCUGAGAAAGAUAGUGCCUUUAGACCCACACCCGAAUCCGAAUCUGAUUCCGAUCACGAUAUCAUACCGCUCAAGAAGGUGAGAAGUAGCCGAACCCGGAAAUUAAUCAAUGAGAAAAGUCCUUACACCGGCCCUUCUACCCCCGAAAAGAGAGUUGUCUCGGACAAUGCUCGCAAUCCAACAGCCCGACAUCCUGCUCCUGGUCAUGAAACCGAGAGACCCAGAAGCAUUCUCGUGAAACUCAGGAUUCCCAAGGAUGCGCCUCCCGCCAAGACUGAUGGUGAUUUCCUCAGCUAUACUAAGCCGAGGGAAUCUCUAUCUCAACAAUCUCAAUACAACGCUGACGAUCGAGAACCCAUUUCCGCAAAUGACUUUUACGGAGCUCCCCCGGUACCCAGAAUCCCCCAACAUGUCCGCCUCCCCAGUGGUGAAAUGCUUCAUACCAGGAAUUCCAGACCGCAACGAACACAAACGACCAAAGAACCCGGAGACUGGCCUGAAGAUCUCGAGAUCUUUUAA